UCAACGAUGGCAGCCACGGCCCGAAAAUGCAUUGGCUUGGAGUGCCCCAAUGAUGCAGGCACUCUGCAGUGCCCGACCUGUCUGAAGGCGGGCACUGACAGCUUCUUCUGCUCACAGGACUGCUUCAAACGGAGUUGGACCGAGCACAAGGCCAUACACAAGAAGAGUAAUAUCCUCACCAAUCUCUUCCCUCCCAAGGUAGUCUCUGAACCAGAUCCAGCCACCGGUCACUUUAACCCCUUCCCGUCCUUCCAAUUCACCGGCCCGCUGCGUCCAGUGUAUCCUCUGUCGCCCAAACGCACUAUCCCCAAGUCGAUCCCGCACCCGGACUACUCUCGCGACGGCAUCCCACGCUCCGAGCAGCGCCUGGUCGGCCGGCACAACAUCACGAUUCUGAACAAGGAGGAGCAGGAGGGAAUGCGCAAGGUCUGUCGGCUGGCACGGGAGGUACUGGAUCUUGCCGCGGCGGCGAUCAAGCCCGGCGUCACGACGGACUAUAUCGACGAAGUGGUCCACAAGGCCUGCAUUGAGCGUGAGUCAUAUCCGUCACCACUGAACUAUGUGCACUUCCCGAAAUCCGUCUGUACUUCGAUCAACGAGACCAUCUGCCACGGCAUUCCCGACCAGCGGCCGCUGGAAGACGGCGAUAUCGUCAACAUCGACGUGACCCUGUACCACAAGGGAUUCCACGGAGAUCUCAACGAGACGUACUAUGUUGGCGAGAAGGCUCGUGCGAACGCAGACGCCGUGCGCGUGGUGGAGACGGCGCGCGAGUGUCUAGACAUGUCCAUUGACCUGGUGAAGCCGGGCAUGCUGUUCCGGGAUCCCGGCAACGUGAUCGAGAAGCACGCCAAGAGCCGCAACUGCAGCGUUGUCAAGACCUACUGCGGCCACGGAAUCAACCAGCUGUUCCACUGCGCGCCCAACGUUCCUCACUACGGCAAAAACAAGGCUGUCGGUACUGCAAAGCCCGGCAUGUGCUUUACGAUUGAACCCAUGAUUAACCUGGGCACGCACCGCGAUCGUACCUGGCCAGAUGAUUGGACCAGCACGACCGCUGAUGGGUCACUGUCGGCUCAGUUUGAGCACACCCUGCUGGUGACCGAGGAUGGGGUCGAGGUGCUGACGGCGCGGCUGCCCGAUUCGCCUGGCGGGCCCAUCCCGAUUCCCGUGGCGGAAGAGAAGAACGGGAAUUGA